GUUUGAUGCAAAGCGCUCAAACGCGUUGACGAUGACACAAUAGCAGCAGCGAAAUUCACAUAAAUUCUACAACUAGUGUGCUAAAUAGCAAAAUUUGUUGCUUGCUAAUAUUACGCAUACGCCUAGUGCCACAAGCCGCAGGGCUAAAAAUAGUUACAUAUGUGCGGCAGCCAAAAUUCAAAUAAGACGCUUGUGUCAUUUUUUAAGUGCGUAAAAGAAUCAAAGUGAAGUGAACGCCAAAGCAAAUAAAUAAAGUAAAAUGUGCUUGUAAAUAUUCUAGCUAAGAAACAAAAGUGCGCAUACAACAAAUACAAUAUAUAAAAAUAAAAACUUUGACAGUCUAAGCGGCGUGGUGUAAACGCCAAGACACGAAAUUCAUAACAAAAUGAUCUACAUAGAUGAUUCAGAGCCGGAGGGUGUGCUCGAGCCGGCGUUUCCAAUGCGUGAUGUGGCCAUAAAUCGCAAUGUGGAUGCUCAUAAAUUAUACGAUGUGCUGGGCGAGGUGGGACGCGGUAAAUUCGGCACCGUCUACAAGUGCAGAGACAAAGCGAGCGGACUGCAGCUGGCGGCGAAAUUUGUGCCCAUACCGAAGCGCGAGGAUAAGCGCAAUGUGGAGAGAGAAGUGGAGAUUAUGAAUUCAUUGCAGCAUCAUCUCAUUAUUCAAUUGUUUGCUGCGUACGAAUAUCAGAAAAUGAUGUGCGUCGUCCUGGAACUCAUUGAAGGCGGCGAACUCUUCGAUCGUGUGGUGGAUGAUGAAUUUGUGUUAACGGAGCGCGUGUGUCGUGUUUUCAUACGACAGGUGUGCGAGGCUAUGGCCUUUAUACAUGGCAAUGGCAUUAUACAUCUGGAUCUGAAGCCGGAAAAUAUAUUGGUGCUUACGCAAAAGGGCAAUCGCAUCAAGAUUAUCGAUUUUGGACUGGCACGCAAGUUUGAUCCAGAUAAGCGUUUAAGAGUUCUCUUUGGCACACCCGAGUUUGUGGCACCGGAAGUUGUGAACUUUGAUUGCAUCUCCUAUGGCACCGAUAUGUGGAGCGUUGGCGUCAUUUGCUACGUGCUCAUCUCUGGUCUGUCGCCAUUCAUGGGCGAGAGCGACAUUGAAACAAUGUCAAAUGUAACCAUUGCAAAGUACGAUUUUGAGGAUGAAUGCUUUAAUGGCAUCUCGGCGGAGUGUCUGGAUUUCAUCGCCAAGCUGCUGGCAAAGGACUUGAGCACACGCAUGACAGCCGCCGACUGUAUGAAGCACAAAUGGUUAACACAGCGUCCCGUUGGUGCCGCCAGCAGUGGCGCCAUCGCCAAGAGCAAGUCAAUGUGCAGCAAGUCGCGGCUGAAGUCAGUGUCGCCCACGCCAGAGUCAGAGUCUUCAGAGGAUUCAACGGAAACAAUUGAAGAUGCCGACGAUGAUGAUGAUGAUGAAGUUGCUGCUGCUGCUGCUGCUGAGCAGCAUGCUGAAGCAACAUCCACGGAACUAGAGAACAAAGAGCUGGAUGCCACCAAGGACAAUUUGAAGAAUUUUAUAGUGCGCUGGGAGACGCAUCCGAACAGCCCCUAUGUCUUCGAUGUGGAGGGCAAUGUGAUAGCGCCGCUUAAUGAGACCAGCUACCCGCAUCCUCGGCGACCGCAUGGCCCAGACAGCAUGUCCUCAUCUCGAGUGUGUUCGCCCUCGCCAUGUGAGUCCAUUGCCACGCUGACGGACGACGAGCAGGAGGAGGAGACGCCCGAAGCUUGCGAGGAGGAGCGACGCAGCGCGGACAGUCCGCAGUCGGCGGCCUCGACGCCCAUAAACGAGUCGCGUGAGAAGCUAUUCCCGCCUGGCGCCUCUGGCUCAGCCACGCCCACGCCGCAGCAUCUGUUCAAUGAGCACUUUGAUGAGUUUUCCGGCAGCGAGUCGACGGCGCAGCAGCAGCGCAGCAUGAAAAGCUAUCUGCAUACAUUCGAUCGUCGCAACUCGGAUACGACUUAUCUGCUGGGACGACGCAGCUCCGGCGAGCGUGUUAAUCUAGCAGAUGAAAUACGCAAGCUGUCCGAUCAUCUGCUUAUGCUGGCGGAGAUUAAUACCAAGCUAGGCGAUGCCACAAGCACAAGCGCCAAGGAAACGCAGAGCAGCCAGGAGGGCAACAAAUUCACAAGCAGCACGCGCAGCAGCAGCAGCAAGACCACGCCCACAGCCAAAGGCGUGCUAAGCAGCUCAAGCAGCAGCGAACAAACGCAGACGCAGACGCAAACACGUGGCAAGCAUGGACAGCAAAAGAUCAGCUCGUUAUCCGUGCGACUGCAGCAGUCCAUUGAGGAGACGCCCAAGCUCAGCAACGGCAACAGUUGGAGCAAGUCACAAACGUUUAACCAAAGCCAAACCCAAGUGCGGCAGCAGUCCACAGUGAGCAGCAUCUCCAAUGCCAAGAGCAGUCUGCACAAGUCCAUUGUAAGCAGCAGCACCAGCAACAGCAACAACAGCUCCAGCUCCAUUUACAGCGAAUCCGCCAGCAGUCGACGCGCCAAGUUUCGCAUUAAUCAAAUGAGUCGAGACGUGCCCGUUGGACUGCCCGAUACGCAUCAGACUGUGAAUCUGGAGGAGGCCGCCAACACCACCAAGGACUGUCUGCUGCAUCUGCUGGAGAAAUACAAUGAGACCAAGAUACGCAAUCCAGUGGGUCGGCAUCAAAGCAUCAGCGUCUGCGAUUGGCAUGUCAGCGAUAAUCUCGAGUACCGCUCCAUGAGCUCCAUCAAUGCCUUUUUCCAGCGUCACAGCAGCAGCGCCGGCGGCCAGAACGUCAAGCACAUACAGGCGCAGCUGGAGGAGAAGGCAACGGGGAAAUAGUUCCAUACAUAUGGGCAGACAGAAUCGUUGUUGUGUACAUAAGAUUGCUAUUUUUUAAACUUAAAUUGUUGCAACAUAUUAACAAAAGAAACUUAAACUAGUUAAUGCCAAACAAAUUAUAAUUAGUCAAUUUCAAUGUUUGCAACC